AUGCGUUCCCGUGCCCUGUCCAAGGCCACCCGCUCGGGGGCGCGGCCUCUCCUCUUCCUUUCGUCCAAAGGCAUCCCGAACCGGCACGAGAUUGUUCGCGCCUUCUUGGAGUCGGCGGGGACCAACAACGGCGGACGGGACGACUACUCUGGCUCCUGUGGCGGUGGCGGCGGCGGCCGCGGUAGCGGCAACGACGGUAGCAGCGGAGGGGGCGACGACGGCGAUAGAGGACGAAUGGGAGGGUGGCGGCGGGGGGGAGGGACGGCGGCGGCGGCGGCGGCGGCGGUGGCGGCUGUGAGAAGGAGGAGGUUAGACGAGCUCGACGAGCGGUCGAGGCGGCGCGGGCGGCGUUGGCUGUUGACCCUGGCGCGGUUCAUGGCGAGGCCCCGGGAGUUCGAGCUUAGGAGGGCUGCCGCCGUCCGGACCUUCACGCCCCAGAAGUUUCGGCAGGAGUGGGAGCUGUUCUGGGAGCUGGUGGAUCCGGUCUUCGAUGGGUUGGAGAAGGCGACGAAGGACCUGCUGCAGUGGAAAAAUCCCAUGCAGAGCCUGUCGGUGAUGACCGGGCUGCUCUUGGUGGCCUACCACGACCUCGUCCGCUACGCGAUACCGCUGGCGCUGCUCGCCAACGUCGCGUACAUCUAUGGUGUGGGGUGCAUCACGACGGAUGGCGGCGGCGGCGGAGGUGGCCAAGCAGACCUUUUUGGCAACGCCCCCAGGAAACGACCUGCCGUCGAAGGCGAUGGUCAGCAGCUGCAACAGCACACCAGGCGGCGAAGCUCGGGCGGGAGGUUGGGUGCCGAAGGAGACGGCAGCCGGCGAUCGAGGCCCCCCUCCCCCGUGCCCGGCUCAAGACUGCAGCGGCCCGCGCCCUCGCCGUCCGCCGCCGUAACCGCUGGUGGCACGGCGCCCGGAGUUCAACGCUUGGCGGCGUCUUCGAGGAUGGCCGCUGCACGGGGCGGCGGCAGCGCGGAAGGGGAGCCGUCGUCCGUCGCGGUGCGGGCCGCAGAUGGGGAGGUGUCAGCGUCCGCAAGCCGUGGCGGUGUUGCCGGUGCCGAUGAGUCGUGGGUCCGGGAAGCGCCAGCGGCGGGGGAGACAAACGCGCAUGGCCAAGGCGCUUCGGGCUCGGUGGUAACCCCCCGGGCAUGGGGCGAGGCGGAGAUGUCGAGGGCGGGCAAGUCGUCUGGGGGACCUGCCGCCGCCGAUUCGCAACGCCUGCAGCAGCAGCAGCAGCACCAGCAGGAGGGCGGGAUAAUUAGCCGCGUGAAGGGCAUGCAGGACCGCGCGGGACGAACCCAGGCGAAGCUUCAUGCCUACAACGCUGUGCUGCUCAGGGUGAAGAGUCUUCACGCCUGGAGCGACCCUGGACGGACGAAAGUCUGGGCGGCCGCUGUCUCGCUUCUCGCGGCCGUGCUGGCGAUCGUACCAGCGAGGUAUACGUUUGCGGCGUUGGUGUUGUUCCUCUUCACGGAGCCUAUCCGUCCCGAGACAAAGAAUAUCGCCGAGCUUCUGCUGGAAGACUUUUGGGAAGGCUUGCCUGUCGAGUCCGGGACGCACACAAACGUGCGCAUGGCGGCGAUCUAUAGCCGGCAUGACUCAAGAUGGAUGGACUGAUUCGGUCCGUUUGUACUGGGGGGGCUGUGUGUGCCUACAUUCGCUGUUUGUUUUCGUCGCCAAUUUUCCGGGUUGGUUGCCGAAGUCAUUGGGUUGGUUUCGGAUCUAGGGCAACCAGAGCCUCCUGCAUAUGUUGUACAUGCGACAAACGAUAUAACAGAAUAUGAACAUCUCAGACUUCUGUUUGUAAACUUGACGGGGUUUUCGUUUGCCGGAAUAUUAUUUUGCUGCGGCACUCCGAGUGAGUGAAGGGGGCCCCGUAGAUUCUCGAUGACAUAUCGUAUCGCAGAGUCUCAGGCUGGACAGAAACAUACGUCGCGGCGAGGGCGUGCAUGGAGCACGGCUCGCGGGAUCAGAUCAGGACGGUUUGUUGUACAUUCGGAUGGUUGUCCUUAAUGCCUGAGGUCGGGGCUGUCGCUGUCGUUACCGCAGGCAUAGCCCGUGUUUGUUGACGAUUUUCGCCCCCGAGUGCGGCAUCGGUGGCGUUGGCUGCCUUUUUCGAUCUUGGCGUCUGCUGUAGACGAGGGCACAAAACUGCUGCUGUGUACCUUCGUGGCCUUGCCGUGGUCACCAAGCGCUUGUUGUACCGCCUCCUGGGAGCUCUCCCAGCGUACUCGCUCGUAGUUUGCUCGCUGUUCUACGCAGAAACCGGUGCUCUCGAGCACUUUUCCUUUUCGUAUUAAGUAUUUGUUUGUUCCAUACCGCUUCUCUUGCUGUUGUUGUGAGCAUUGGCAGCAAACGCUUACAUGGGUUGGUUCCUUGGUUGCUUCAUUCGGUUUUGAAUACACCGGCCCCGAUCGACGUAAUUAUUCGUCGCUUUUCCUGCGCUAGAACGAUCUCGCUCAUCAUGUGGUCGUUAGUUUAGUCUUUGACCUUCUUGCGAGCCUUGCUCGGGAUGAGGAAAACGUCCGAGACUGAGCAUACCCGGUGCACCCGUCGUGGCUUGCGGAGUCC